AUGGCGGAUACGGCGGCACGGGGAAAUCCGCUCUGGGCUUCAAGGUUAGCGAAUUCACCGGCUCGCAACUUCAAGCUCCGGAGAGUCUUCCCCGCGUUCUCCGCGGAUCCUCCGCCGUGGACGCUUCCUCCCCUGCGCGCAACGACGUCCUUGCGACUGUGGGCGGAAGCCAUGGACGACGAUCGCCGCGGUGCGCGGAGGACCUGCGCAACGCAGGCGGAAGAGGCGCAGGGGAAGGUGGUGGGAAGGGGGUUCAAUGCGCGCGUGCUGGUGGACGCGGGUGCGCUCGACGAGACGCGAUUUCGCGCGUUGCGCAAGAGGCGAAUCGUAUUUGGGCACGAUGACUGGAAGAGGCACGCGUCAUCCUUCCGCCACAACCGGCACUUCCGCAACCUCCUCCGCUCGAACGUCGUCGGCGCGGUCAUCCCGCCCGCGCUCACCGUCGCCGCGGUCGCCGCCGGCGUUACCGCGUGGAACACGCUGGUCGCGGGGAAUCCGGCGGAACUCGUGCCGUUGGGAACGGUGGCGGCGACGGUGGCGGCGGGGGCGGCGGCGGCGGCGGGCGCUGGGGCGGGAGGCGCGGAGGGCGCGGCGGCGGGGGCGGGGGAGCUCCUCCCGCUAUUGCACAUGGAUCUGCUGCCCUUCAGCCUGACGGUUCCCGCGCUGACGUUCCUGCUCGUGUUCCGCACUAACUCGAGCUAUGGGCGAUUCGACGAGGCGCGCAAGAUGUGGGGGUUGAUGCUCAACCGCACCCGAGACAUCUCCCGCCAGGCCCUCUGCUACAUGGGUCGCGACACGCCCCUCCCUCUCUCCCCUCCCUCCGCCCUCUCUGCUUCCGCGAACACCACCGCUGCUGCUGCCGCUGCUGCUGCUGGUGCUGCUGGGAAUGGUGCGGCGGUUGCUGCUAGUGGUGGUGUCAAAAUCAGUGGGUUGGGUACCGGUAAUGGUGGGGCUACGUCUAAUGGCAGUGUUGCCACCAGUGGCGGUGUUGCCACUAAUUGCAGUGUUGCUACUAGUGGCAGCCUUACUAUAUAUGGCAAUGGGAAUGGCGCUGCUGCUGCUUCCGUUGCUGCUAGCAGUAAUGUUCGGGCAAGUGUGGCAGCAGCUGGUCAGGCCAAUGGCAAACCAGUGGGGUUAGUAAACGGGCAGGUGAACGGACGGGUGAAUGGGCAGGUGAACGGGCAGGUGAACGGGCAGGUGAUUCAACAGGUGAACGGGCAGGUGAACGGGCAGGUGAUUCAACAGGUGAACGGGCAGGUGAACGGGCAGGUGAACCGGCAGGUGAACGGACGAGUGAACGGGCAGGUGAACGGGCGGGUGAAUGGGCAGGUGAACGGGCAGAUGAACGGGCGGGUGAACGGGCAGGUGAACGGGCAGAUGAACGGGCGGGUGAACGGGCAGGUGAACGGGCAGGUGAACGGGCAUAUGAAUGCUGCAAUGCAUGGGUUUACUGUGGGAGGGACGAAGGCGCAGGCACAGGAGACAGGCACAGCAGCCGCAGGAGCAGCAGCAGCAGCAGCAGCAGCAGCAGCAGCAGCAGCAGCAGCAGCAGCAGGGGCGGCAAAAGGGAUGGCGGCGCGGGCGUGCGAUGUGAGGAGACGGGAGCGGUUCCUGCGGCACGUGCAGGCGUUCCCUCUGGUGUGCAAGCACCACUUCCUGGCGGAGGGCAGCCUACAGACGGACCUGCUGGAGCACACAUCGCUGAGGCCGGGGGAAGUGGAGGGCGUGCUGGGAGCGGUGCAUCGACCCAACUACGUGCUGCAGGUGCUGGCCGAGUGCAUGCGCUCCUGCGCCUCCCUGCACCCCAUGCACCGCCUCGCCAUGGAAGCUAACCUGGCAACCUUUGCGGACGACGUGGGGGGCUGUGAGCGCAUAUUCAAGACGCCCAUCCCCAUCUCCUACACCACCAUGACCUCGCGCUUCCUCUUCCUCUUCCACCUGCUGCUCCCCCUCGGCCUCUGGGACUCGUGCGGCCUGCUCACGCUGCCCGUGGCGCUGCUCUGUGCGCUCGUGUUUUUCUCCGUGGACGAGGUUGGGAUUCUUAUCGAGAACCCCUUUCUCAUUCUCGCGCUUGAUGCCAUUGCCAAGUCCGCUCGUGAUAACGUGGAGGAGAUGAAGGUGUCUCAGGCGCGCAUCGCAGCACUCGUGGUGGGAAAUGAUGAGGCGAUGCGGAGGGAGUACCAGCUGGGGGUGCCACAGGCUGUGCCUGGGUGUGACAGGGAUGGUGUGACAGAAACGGGGGGGGAGAUGGAGUUGGAGGAGGGGAGCGGCGAGAGGGAGGAGGAGAGAAAGGAGUUUGACCGUGGCGCUGCACGGGACGCGGCGAAUGAUGAGAACGAUGAGGAGGAGGAGGAGGAGGAGGAGGAGGAGGAGGAGGAGGAGGAGGAGGAGGAGGAGGAGGAGGAGGAGGAGGAGGAGGAGGGAGGAGGAGGAGGAGGAGGAGGAGGAGGAGGAGGAGGAGGAGGAGGAGGAGGAGGAGGAGGAGGAGGAGGAGGAGGAGGAGGAGGAGGAGGAGGAGGAGGAGGAGGGAGGAGGAGGAGGAGGAGGAGGAGGAGGAGGAGGAGGAGGAGGAGGAGGAUGAACCAGAGGAGGAAGCGGAGGAGGAGGAUGAUAUAA